AUGGGUUGUGUGAGCUCGCGCCCUGCCGGCUCGGGGAAGCGCACUAGGCAGUCAACCCGGGCAGAUCCAGGCGCGCAGCCAAACCUCGCGGCGCUCUGGCAGGAGGAAAUCGGGGCCCUCACGGACGGACGGAGCCCGAAGGCGAGGCGGAAUUACAACCCAGCGUCGCCAACGCUGGCCGCGGGGCUGCGGGGCGAUGGGCGAACCUCCGACGGCUCCGCGGGCAGGCGGCAGGACAGCGUGGAGCGCUUCUCGGAGCUCAUGCAGUUGCCCCUGGUCUCCGAGGCGUGCCCGGUGGAGAUGCUGAGCGCGGCCUGGACGCUGGACCGCUUCAUCGUCCACCGCAAGCUCGGCGGUGGGGCCAAGAGCAAGGUCUACCUCGCCAUGGACGAAAUGUCCGGAAUGCAGGUGGCGGUCAAGGCGGUGGACAUGCGCUCCCUGCACGAGAUGGAGAAGAAGCAGCUCAGCCGCGAGAUCAACCUGCACGCCGAGCUGAACCACCCCAACGUGCUGGCCCUCUACGCGGCCUUCCGCCUCGAGGACCACGUCGUGCUCGUGCUCGAGGUCGCGCACGCGGACCUCCUCCAGAAGAUGCCGGAGAUUCCCUGCGCGGAGCCCGUCGUCACGCGGCGCGUCCUCUUCCCGCUGCUGCUCGCCCUGGACUACGUGCACGCCCAGGGCAUCAUUCACCGGGACCUCAAGCCCGAGAACGUGACCUUCUCGCUCACGGGGCAGCUCAAGCUCGCCGACUUCGGGUACAGCAUCGACAUGUACGAGACGCGGCCCGUCACGCGCCUCGGGACGCUCACCUUCAUGGCACCGGAGGUCCUCGCGAGCGGACGCCGCCACAUGGAGGACGUCACGCACGAAAUGGAGCCCAGGCCGACGGACAUCGCGCGGGAGCGGCGGCCCGGGUACCACACGGGCGCGGACGUGUGGUCGAUCGGCGUGCUCCUGUACGAGCUCCUCGUGCGAGACACCCCCUUCCGGCGCCAGGAGCGGCCCGACGUGAUCAAGGCCAUCAUGGCGGGGGACUUCCCGCUCCCGGACUUCCUCUCCCCCGAGGCCAAGUCGUUCAUCAGCGCGUGCCUCACCGUCCACGCGGCCGACCGCCCCAGCGUCCCGCAGCUCAUGGGCCACCCGCUGGUGUGCAAGUACUUCUCGGACGCGCACGUCAACGCCGCGCUCGGCGGGAACACCGCGCACAUCCGCCGGCGCAACUCCGUGUACCUCAUCGUCGGGAACCGCCUCGUCGAGCGCCGCGGGUCGCAGGGGUCGGUCCAGUCGCUCUACGGACAGCUGGACCAGGCGCACAUGGACGCGAUCCUGCGCAACCGGGUGUCGAACAAGUCGGGCGAGACGGCGAAGAGCGGGUCGCUGCAGAUCUCGGUGUCUGACCCGGUGUCGCGCAACAACCUCGUCGCGCUGCGGCAGGCCGAACUCAACGGCAGCCGCAACAACGUGGCCCUGCGCGCGCCCUCGCCGCACGCCGGCGCCAGCGGGUCCCACCCGCAUCUCGGGCUGCGCAGCGCCGGCCACAUGGUGCGCGCCGGCAGCAACAAGAAAUCGGUUGAACUCGGCACGGUGGAACGCAUUCCGUCGCGGCUUGGCCGCGAGGGUCUCGCGAGCCGCGCGGGCAGCGUCACGCACGGCCUGGAGAGCCAAGCAAUGGCGCAGGCGUUCCGGCAGCGCGUCGCGUCGCAGUCGCAGCACAUCGGAGCGCAAAACUCCGGGCUGGGGCGCGACCUGGGCAAGCACGUGCCGAUGCCGUCCAGCCACAGCAUGACCAACCCGGCCACGAGUGCGUCCGUCAGUCAGCACCUGAACAUGUCGCGCGCGUGA